CCCAAGACCCCACCGGAGAGGACAGACCCACCGCUGCUGCCACCGAGGACUGACAGACCCCGCGAGAACCAGCAUGGGCCAGUGCAACUGCCGCAAGAAGCGCAAGGACUGCCAGGAGCUCACUGACGUGGAGCGGGCCAUCGAGACCGUCAUCAACCAGUUCCACUGCUACGCGGUGAAGGGACAGAAGGAGUACCUGACGCCCAACGAGAUGCAGGAGCUGGUGGUGCAGAAGCUGCCCCACCUGGGGAAGUGCGUUGGACCGCUGGAGGAGAAGAUCGAAUGUAUGGGAGACCCUGACGAGGCCAAGCUGGAGUUCGGAGAGUACUGGGACAUGAUGGGGGACGCGGCCAAGGGCUGCCGGAGGAAGUAGAGGGUGGUGGGGGAACGGGAAGGCGCCCGAGGCCUCAGGCUCUGCACCGAGAAGCACGAGAGGCUGCUGGUCCCGGUGGGAUGCGCCUGGGAAAAUGCAGCAUCGCUCCUGCCGGGGCUCGUCUCUCCUCCCCACGUCCCCAGCCGGGGCGGAGGGAUCCCCCUCCCCGGCUCCAUCCCUGCCCUCUCUCGUCUCUCCUUCCUGUCAGGAAACCUCCCUUCCCAUCCCCAGCUCCGGCCCGUGCCGCGGUGGGAGGGAGGUGGCAAGGGGGUUCCUGGCCCCAGCUCCGGAGCCGUCUUUCUCCGUCCUUUGCUCCAGAGCCUUUACCCCCAGGGUUGUCCCGCCUCCGGCCCCGAAAACU